AUGGAAGAAGGGGAUUUUUGGUUCCAACGACAUAAUUUAGCGAAAAUCCAUGCGGGUCAUUUAUUUACGAUUUCUGAUGAAUAUCUGCGACGUGGAUUACCGCCACCAUUUGCAUCAGUGCUCGCACAAAAGGCGCGAUCCAUUAAUAAGGAAAUUGGCUUCGAAAUGUCGAGGAAAGUUCCACGUUGUUAUCAAUGUGCACUAAAUUUUACCGUUGAAAAUUCAUUCACUAUGGAGAUUAAGAAAAAAAAAAAAGUAAAAUGCCUUACAGUUUUCUCUGAUCAUCCUUAUAUGCCGGUACUGCGAUUUAAGAGGAAUGGAUAUACAUGUCUUAUUAUUAAUUGUUCUGGUUGUGGUGCUAAAAUGAUUGGUGGAAAAUUAAAAGGAUUUAGUUCAUAUGGGCAAAAAUCUUUUUCAUGCGAUAGUCUAGUUCAAUUUGAUUCUAUUCCAGCGACAUCUACACCAUUGAACAUAAAAACAAGGCUUAAUUCCAUUUCGAUGGAUACUCCACGAUUAGUCUAUCAUAGAUCUGAAGAAAGAUCGAAACAAUCUUCAGCAAAGCGACGUCAAGGUGUUUCACGGCUGCAGAGAUUGUUGAACAAUCAAUCCGUGCUUCAGAAUUCUUCAGCUUCCUCAAGUCUUCACGAUUUUCUUAAUAUUUUUAAAUUGUAG